AUGGAUGUUCCAAUCAUGGUUGGAGAUUGCUACAUCCCUGCUGAUUUUGUAGUUCUUGAGCUGGAACACCAACCUAAAGACCCUCUUAUCUUGGGAAGGCCAUUCCUAGCUACUGCAGGAGCUAUAAUAGAUGUCAAGAAUGGAAAGAUUGACUUGCAUCUUGGAGAUAUAGUGAUGAAUUUCGAAGUAAACAAGUCUAUGGAGAAGCCAACUGUAGAUGGUCAAGCUUUUUGGAUUGGAGAGCUCGCAGAGACAAGAGAAGAAGUGCUGGAUGAACUCCUUCUUAUUGAUCCCUUGGAGCUAGCUUUGACAAAGGCUGAGAAUGAAGCUCCAAAAGCCGAGCUCAAACAACUCCCAGUUGGUCUAAGGUAUGAAUAUCUUGGUCCUAAUGAAACAUAUCCUGUUAUUGUUAAUGCUGCACUAACAAAAGAAGAGACCGCUUUACUUGUUCGCGAACUGAGAAAGCAUAGAAAGGCUCUUGGUUAUUCUUUGGAUGAUUUAACAGGAAUCUCACCUGAACUAUGCACACAUCGCAUCAUCCUGGAGGAUGAGUCUAGUUCUUCAAUUGAACACCAAAGGAGGCUAAACCCAAACCUAAAGGAAGUUGUCAAGAAGGAGAUAAUGAAGCUAUUGAAAGCUGGAGUGAUUUAUCCAAUAUCAGAUAGUGCAUGGGUCAGCCCUGUACAUGUCGUGCCAAAGAAAGGAGGGAUCACAGUCAUCAAGAAUGAACAUGAUGAGCUCAUUCCAACAAGGACAAUCACUGGACACAGAAUGUGUGUCGACUACAGGAAGCUGAACUCCUCCACGCGCAAGGACCACUACCCCUUGCCAUUCAUAGACCAGAUGCUUGAGCGCCUUGCCAAUCAUCAAUACUACUGUUUCUUGGAUGGAUACUCAGGAUUUUUCCAAAUUCCAAUCCACCCAGAUGAUCAGGAGAAGACUACAUUCACUUGUCCCUAUGGCACAUAUGCUUAUAGGAGAUGCCUUUUGGAUUGUGCAAUGCUCCAGCUACAUUCCAAAGGUGUAUGA